AUGGAAUCGGUAAUCAGAGAAGGCCAGACUAUACGUAGGGGUUCUAUCGACGGCGGAACACGUGUCGAUGAAGCCCGUGUAUUUUGCGGAGACUUAAUCGCCCAACGAGCUCCUGAGACAAAUCGUGGCUCAUGCACAGGCAGCUCAGGGAUAGUUAGAACCCCUAAGCUCAACUGCAUGUACAAGGGUAGGGUUGGGUUCAGCCGCAUUGAAGCAGUAGAAUUGGCUCUCCAGAGCUUCAAAGAGGUCCUCCUCGUAGACACUAUCUAUCAGAAAGAAGUCGGGAAAUAUCCAUCAAAUGGCAGCGAUUUGCAUCUCCGCGCCGGUCCGAAUAGGGUUAUUUCAGCUUUGCCCACGAGAAAGCAGCUUUCACCGCCCCUCAAUCCCUUCCUUCACUCUUGCUCAGUUCAGGGAUCCUAG